UGUAAGAUGGCGUCGCGGUGGGGAGUGGGCGAGGAGAUUUUGACCGCUUGCAAUAUGGAUUUUUUCGCCACGGACACGCUAGACGAGACUGGUGGACUGAGCUCUGGAGAAACGUUGGAGGCCCUUCAAGGUUCCCUAGAUCCCUCCAUCCUCUCCAUCUUUGAGGAUACCUCGGCAGGAGAGGUAAAGGGCUUGGAUGAGGAGAGUGAGGCAACUCUGCUAACAGCCCUGACGGAGAUCCUCGAUAAUGUAGAUGAUGAGAACCUGUCUCCGUUUGAUACACUUCCCGACUCGGACCUUCUGUCGGGUCAGAAGGGCAGAGAACACUCUCCGCUAAAGAGAUUGCUGUGUCUGUCCUGCUCCCCACCAGAGAAAGAGAUGCACUGUAGACCCUUCUCAGCUGGAAAGAGCCUCCCCAAGACACAGGCAGGUUCUGUCCAGAGGAGUGAUGGAGAGGAGGAGGAGGACAGCUCUCUCACCCAAAGCCCAGUAAGGCAGCCUUCAUCUCCCGACAAAGAUCUGCUAGACUGGGAGGAUAUGACCCUUCCUGUCCCCUUGCACUUAGAACAGGAAAGCGAAUAUGAGGACGGUGGUUCAGUUAGCUUGGGGGACUUGGUCAGGCAUAUGCACCCCUACUGUAUGGCCGUUUGUGUGGAGGAUGGAGAAGAAGAGCAAAUAUUGCCUGAAGGAGGCAUCUUACUUGAGGUGGUGGACCGAGGGGAGCAUGGAGAGCCUAUCCUUGCUAUCCCAGAUAUGAGUCUCCCCCUCUCUCUGCAAAUAUUUCAAGGCUACUCAGAAAAGGAGCAGAGAGUUCCUGAAAAAUCAGAGGAAUCAAUCUCUGACAAUUCUGAGCACAUAAUUGUUGAUGACAGUGAAAAUGUGAAAGCCAAUGAGGCUUCCGUUAACGAUGCAAACCACAUGAGCCCAAUCAUAAGAUCAGAGGUGAAAGGUGAGAAGGUUGUCAGGAGAAUCAAGGAAGCAAUAAUAGAGAAAAGCCCCUCCCGGAGGAAAAAGAAAAAGAAAAGUAACAAAAAAGAAGCCCAGCCUGUUCAGCAAGUUCCACCGGUGGAAAAAAGAGUUCUUCGAAGCAUCUCUGCAAAGAGGGCUGCACAGGGGGCAAUUCAGAAGCCGGUAGAGAGCCCAGUCAAACAAGAGAAGAACAAAGUUAAGCCAGUUUCUCUUGCCUCAAGUCUGCCUUCAUCUUCUCCAAAAAAUAGCACACUAAAUAGAUGCCAAACAAAAAACAAAUCAGAAGUCACCACGCUAACAUUACCCCCUGAAAUCAAUGCUAAUUUUAAGGAAACUUUGGCGUCCAGGUCAGAUCCAUUGCCAGCAAAUGAAAGCCUCGAGUGUGACCAGCCUAACUGUCCACCCACCAUGGUGAAUUCCUCUCAGCCUGUUGAAACAACCAAACAGUCUGCCCCAGUCCCAGAGAAUCUUGACACCUUAACAGCCUCCUCUGCACCUGCACCAAAGGCAGUGUUACCUUUGGAUACCAACUUGCCGCCAAACACCGCAACACCACAGCAAACCCUUCUGGCCACCCUGGCCCCAAAGAUUAGUGAGGUUUCCCCUCCAGCCCCCGAAUCCAAACCCAGACCUCUCAGUCUGGAGGAGUACCGGCGCCUUCGCCAGCAGAAGAAGCCUGCUCCAGUGGAGAAACAAGAUGACCAGAGCACCAAGUGGCCCAGCCUCCCUGAACCUCCUAAAGAGUUGCCCCCCAUCCCAUGUUUACCUGACCCUAGCCCUCGGAAUGCUCGUCACCCCAGCCACGUGUUAGGGAAGAAGGAGGUGGUGGAGGUUAAAGUUGCUUGGCAACCUAUGGGGCCUGGUGCGCCACCCACCCCCGCGGCGCUGUUGGCACCACCAGCUUACAUGGUAGCAUCCUCCAACAAGGCUGUCAGUGCCACACAGAUCCCCAAACCCCAACAAGCAGCUACUCCUCCGCCAACCACUGUUGUUCUGAAACCUUCUAAACCCCAGAAUUCUUCAGCAUCUUCCCCAGGUCGUGUGAAGAAUUUAACCCCACCCUUACCUACUGCCUCACUCCCUGCUAAGCCUUUGGAGCCUCCAAGCAUUCAGUCUGCUGUUCAACCUGCCCCUCAGUUGAUGCCCCCAGCAGAGAGGACUUCCUCUGAUGCCUCAGGGGACGAUGCUGGGAAAAGCAGAAAGCAUUGCUCCAACACUGUGUCCUCCAGAUCUGCAGUUCUCAAUGAAGUGUCCUCUAAAACCACUACAGAGUCCCUCAAAUCCACCACUGCUGCUUUGCCUGCCCAGAUACCCAUCAAUGCUCCCCAGAAAACCACUGUUUUCGCCCAAAUAGUUCCACCGCCUAUUGCUGCUACCUCAGUGAAUAACCCAAUCAUGUCUGCCAGUAAGCCUUCCAAACACGGGGUAACUGGUAUCCGGACCAGUUGUUCUGAGGCUGCACAACACGCUGACGUCCACCACAGUGUAAAGUCUGGCCCUGUUUUGCUUGGAGCUCAAGGGAGACCCACCGCAUCACCACAUCCCCCAAGAGCAAAGAGCGCAACUCAGGAAUUGAUUGAGUCCUUCACAAGUGAGAUUGGCAUUGAAGCUGCUGAUCUGACGAGCCUGCUGGAGCAGUUUGAAGAGACCCAAGGCCCCUAUGCUCAUCUGCUACCUUCCAUUUUUCCUCUCUCCUCAGCCAAAGAGGAGCAUUGUGUGCCGGAGGUCUCUGGUAGAGCAGCUGCUGUAGGAAACUCUAGCGUUGAGCUUCCUCCUGAGAAAAUGGCUUUGGAGCGUGUGAAAGCUAUUGACCAGUCGAGCACUGCAGCUCUGACACCCCCUGCCACCCCUCCUCAUCAGAUGUGGAAGCCGUUGGCCCCCGUUACCCUUCUUGGAAAGAGCAGGGUUGCUGAUGCUUCCAAGCCAACCCCCUCAAAGGUUAUCCAGAUAGAAGCCCGGCCUUUGCCCUUAGUAAGAACCCGUAGCAAACCUACUGCUGCUGCUGCCACUGUGUCACCUGACCUGGCGUUCUUCGACCAUGACUAUUGCCUCCCCAACAAGGAGCUGUUCACUGGCGAGCAAGAAAAGCGCUGGAAUGUCAAACAGCAGCCUUCCAUCACAAUCAAAGCCAUCAAGCGGCCCAACAUGACCACUACCCAGCCACUCCAAAGCGCCCCGGUCUCCUCCCUCCAGACCGCCACGAUUGCCGUGGCUCUGAAAAUGCACCAGUCCCCUUUGACAGAGCCCCUCGAUCACAGGACUGAUGGGCCUCAGGGAAGUUCUGUUCUUGAAACUCCUGAUGCCUCCCCCUCACGACAGGAGACAGACACUGCUCCUCGGCAGAGCAGCCCGAGGAGAGGACCUUCGGGGAGCUCCGGCCACCGUCGCAGUUCCUCUCGCUCCACCAGUCCUACAUCAAGCCCCAAGGAGAGGAAGAGGGGCCGGUCUAGGAAGAGACGAUUGCGCCGUUCCCGCAGCCCGACAUCCAGUGGCUCGGAGUCGGACUCCUGCUCUUCUCACUCUCGAUCUCUCUCUCCACCUGUGAAAAGAUAUCGCCCUCGCCGCUCGAGCAACAGCUCCAGCACAUCUUCACGUUCCUCUUCCCGUUCCUCUGGAUCACCAUCCCGGUCCCCUCCCAGGAAGAGGAGGUACUCCUACUCCUCCUCUUGCUCCGACUCUUGGAGUCGCUCUCGUUCCCGGUCGCAUUCCGGUUCUCCUCAUAGAGGAGCCCAGCGGAGUAGAGGCAGACAUUUAUACAGGUCGAGCAUAAGGCACAGCGAGAAGCAAUAUUCUGAAGAAGUGAAGAUGCGUAAAGAAAGGGCCAUUGAGGAGCGCAGGGUUGUUUACGUUGGCCGAAUCCGGGGAACCAUGACUCGCAAGGAGCUGAGAGAACGCUUCUCCCUAUUUGGGGAGAUAGAGGCCUGCACUCUGCACUUAAGAGAUCAGGGGGACAACUAUGGGUUCGUGACUUAUUAUCACACAAAAGACGCGUUCACAGCCAUCGAGAGCGGAAACAAGCUACGCAAGCCCGACGAACUGCCAUUCGAUCUGUGUUUUGGUGGAAGGAGGCAGUUCUGCCAGACCAGCUAUUCUGACCUGGAUUCUAAUAGAGAGUAUGAGCCGUUGUCUGCAAAGAACAAGUUUCGUACACUAGACUUUGACACUUUACUGAAGGAGGCCCAGAAAAAUCUGAAGAGGUAACAAGAGGCCUGCCACUGGAGGCAACAAACACUUACCUCAGAGUUGUUGGGUGGCUCCACACCUCCAACGCUGCCUUUCAUAGACAUAUAUACAUAUAGGGCCCUGUGAUGGACUGGCGGCCAGUCCAGGGUGUCUCCACGCCUGCCGCCCAAUGACUGCUGGGAUAGGCUCCAGCAUCCCACGACCCCAAUUGAGAUAAGCGGCUUGGGUAAUGGAUGGAUGGAUAUGCAUGUAGGUGCUGCAUUGGCCACUUUGGUCUGUUGCUACGUCAACAUCGCCGCCAUAUCGGACCGGGCAAGACUGGCCUGUAAACGAGGGAGCUGCGGUUUUUCUGGAUAAAACGCACUACAACGCUACAACGUUUACAUUUCUCAACCGAUUUCAAUGAGUCGUUUUUAUAUUCAAGGGUUUAUGAUCUAUGUGGAGUACAGAAAAAAGUUCUGUCUCUGGUUCAGAUCACACUUCAAUUUUAGUUUAGUUCAAGUAGAACACCAUUAAUAUGUCUUUAUGCAUGUUCAAUAAUCCAGAUAAGGAAAUCAAAGAAGGUUGAAUCAGUUCAUCUGAAUACAACGUUGAUUGACAAGAUACAUUUCAUCACUCAACUAAGCGACAUCUUCAGUCUAAACUGAAGAUGCAAGAGAUUGCAAGAGUCAGUCCUCAAAGAUAUUGAUUCAGAUAUGGACAAGUAAGUGGUUCAGACAUUUUGACCAAUUAAGAAAAGUGAAGGGCUUUCAUUUUCCUGGCUUUCCGUCAUGUGACUUUUGGUCUGUGGUUUUACUUCUGGUGCAUUACGCACAUGGGAAAAAUAGUUACCCUGGAUGUAACGCCAGUUCUGAGGAUGUAUGUAGCUCUCUUAACGGGCUUCGCACCCUUUGAGGGUCCGCAGGAGCCACAUGGUGCCCCACCACCUAUAAAACCUCCAGCGUCGCCGCAGCUCGCAACAAAGACGAGCCAGCUGGACAACAGGUUAGAGGGCUACGCACGUACUCGUAGAACUGGAAUUGAAUGCAGGGUAACUAUUUCUAUGUCAUACGUGCUCCACCUAAUGGGCUUCGCUAUCGGUUCACGCCUGAGGCGAAGGCCGUUAGGGAUAAAUGUACUCCCAGCUGGGCCCAACUGACACUUGUCAGAAACCAGCCAACAUAACACCCUACACAGAAGCAGUCCCAACAGUCGAGUACUGUCCCCUUUGAGGGUCUCGUACCAUACUGCAUCGCAGCAGAAGUCCCAACGGUCGAGUAAUACCCCAACUGGGGGUAUCAUACCGUACUACAAGCCACUGAGGGCUUGGCGCAGCCAACUUAUCAGUCGACUGAAGACAUGGUACCCCCUGAUUGUACACUGAGCACCGCAUGGGGUACCAAGUGGGUCAGCAGUCGUAUCCCUGAGGAAUGACUGCAUGAAGGUAGAAGUGGUGGACCAGGGAGCCGUCAAGCACGUCUUCCACUGACUCCACUGAAAAGUGCCAUAGAAGACGCAACGCCCCUAGUAGAGUACGCCCUGAGGCCCACAAGGGCCACAAUCUUACCUGGUCCAAUAUGGUGGUGACGUUGACAUACGAUCCAGCGGCCAGUGCAGCAUCUACGUAUAUUACGUCCAUGCUGCCUUUCACAUUUACAUGUAAUCUUAGUUUCUUCUUUUAAUUUUGUUUGUUUUUCUCCGCAAGCUAACACCUUCUAUUGAAGUGAAGAUUUGUAUGAAAAGAGAAAAGAAUGGAAAAAAAUGGAUUGAUCAUUUUUUUAAGUUUAUUUAAAUGUAAAAUUUGAUUUAAAAUGUAUGGAAUGGGAUAACUAUGUAGUAUGGGAUUUCCUUAAGAAUGGGAAGUUAUGUAAUACAUUUUGAAUGUACUACAAACAUAAAAAUAAAACAAA